UUGCUGAAAAAAAAAAAGGGGGGUAUUCUCAUGGGUUUGCCUUGGUAUCGUGUUCAUACUGUUGUAUUAAAUGAUCCCGGCCGCUUACUUUCUGUCCAUAUAAUGCAUACGGCUCUGGUUGCUGGUUGGGCCGGUUCGAUGGCUCUAUAUGAAUUAGCAGUUUUUGAUCCCUCUGAUCCUGUUCUUGACCCAAUGUGGAGACAGGGUAUGUUUGUUAUACCCUUCAUGACUCGUUUAGGAAUAACCAAUUCGUGGGGCGGUUGGAGUAUCACAGGAGGUACUACGCCGAAUCCGGGUAUUUGGAGUUAUGAAGGUGUGGCUGGAGCACAUAUUGUGUUUUCGGGCUUGUGCUUUUUGGCGGCUAUCUGGCAUUGGGUCUAUUGGGAUCUAGAAAUCUUUUGUGAUGAACGUACAGGCAAACCCUCUUUGGAUUUGCCAAAAAUCUUUGGAAUUCAUUUAUUUCUUGCAGGGGUGGCUUGUUUUGGUUUUGGCGCAUUUCAUGUAACAGGAUUGUAUGGUCCUGGGAUAUGGGUGUCCGAUCCUUAUGGCCUAACCGGAAGGGUUCAAUCCGUAAAUCCCGCAUGGGGUGUAGAAGGUUUUGAUCCUUUUGUUCCGGGGGGAAUAGCCUCUCAUCAUAUUGCAGCAGGGACAUUGGGCAUAUUGGCGGGCCUUUUCCAUCUUAGUGUACGUCCACCCCAACGUCUAUACAAAGGAUUGCGUAUGGGAAAUAUUGAAACCGUCCUUUCCAGUAGUAUCGCUGCUGUAUUUUUUGCAGCUUUUGUUGUUGCUGGAACUAUGUGGUAUGGUUCAGCAACAACUCCGAUUGAAUUAUUUGGCCCCACUCGUUAUCAAUGGGAUCAGGGAUACUUCCAACAAGAAAUAUAUCGACGAGUUAGUGCUGGGCUAGCCGAAAAUCAAAGUUUAUCAGAAGCUUGGUCUAAAAUUCCCGAAAAAUUAGCUUUUUAUGAUUACAUCGGCAAUAAUCCGGCAAAAGGUUCCAGAAUCUCUCACCCACUUCUAGAAGAGAGAUCUUAA